AUGAACGCGGCGGUGGUGAAGCGGACGCAGGAGGCUCUGGGGAAGGUGAUUCGGAGGCCGCCGCUGACGGAGAAGCUGCUGAACAAGCCCCCGUUCCGCUACCUGCACGACAUCAUCACUGAGGUGAUCAGGAUGACCGGUUUCAUGAAGGGCCUCUACACAGAGGCCGAGAUGAAGUCCGAUAACGUUAAGGAUAAAGACGCCAAAAUUAGCUUCCUUCAGAAGGCCAUAGACGUGGUGGUCAUGGUCUCCGGAGAGCCACUGUUGGCAAAACCAGCUCGGAUCGUGGCCGGGCACGAGCCUGAAAGGACCAACGAGCUGCUCCAGAGAAUCGGAAAGUGCUGUCUCAACAAGCUCUCCAGCGACGACGCGGUGAAGAGAGUGUUAGCCAGAGAGAAGGCGGAAACAAAAGGAAGGUCCUCACUGACGUCGAAACCUCAAGAAUUGGAUAAUAAGAACGUGCAGGAGGAAGCGUCCAGGGUUCGUAAGGAUAAAGAGGAUAGAAGAAACUCUGAAAUAAACGAGAGAAAUACAAGUGGAGGUCGAAGACAGAAAGAGGAAUUAAAGGAAGAAAGCAAACCAAGAGAAAAGGAAAGGGACAGGGAAAAGGCCAAGGAGAAUGACCGAGACAGACACAAAGAUCCCGAGAGAGACAAGUGCCACGAAGGGGAGAGCGAGCGGGCCAAGAACGGGGCCCGGCUGGAGAGGACCAGGGGCAAGGACGCAGAGCGGGAGAGUGGGCGGAAGAACGAGGGCGGAAAGGAGGAGACGUGGAAAGACCGGGAGAGCGAGCGCGAGCGACACAAGGGCCGGGAGCGGCCCCGGCAGAGGGUGCGGGACGGGCAGCGCUCCUGGGACCCCGACGGGGAGAGGAGCCACGAGCGCGAGAAGCCGGGGAGAAAGUCCUCAAGCUCAGGAGAGAUGUCUAAAAAGUCGUCAGAUGGAUCUUUCAAAGACUCCAAAGCUGAAACAGAGACUGAGAUUUCCACUAGAGCAUCCAGGUCAGUGACAACAAAGACAUCAAAACGGCGAUCCAAAAAUUCAGUGGAAGGAAGAAAGGAGGAUGAUAUUUCAGCUAAAAUUUUAGACCCCAUAGUGUCUGGAUUAAAUAAUGAACCAGAUCAGGAAACUACAACUUCAGAAAUAGGAACAAAGGAAGCUAAUAUUAACUCAGCUAGUGUUUCAGAUGCUAAUUCAUCUAGUCUGCAGCGAGAAAGUGCUGAGCCAGAGCCAGCAGUAAAGCAGAAAGGUGAUUCUCCUAGUGAUGCAGAAGGAGACGUUGGCCCUUCUGGCCACGAGAAGUGUGAGGUGCUGGAGAAUUCCGAGCUGCCAGGCGAGCUCCCAGCCCCCGUCAGGAGGAUACCUCGGCCCGGGAGCGCACGGCCCGCACCUCCCCGGGUCAGGCGGCCAGAGAGUGCGGAGGUGCCGAUGACGGACAGGACAGGAAGCGGUAAAACCGUCUCAAAUGUGAUCGUAGAGUCACAGAAUUCUGACAAUGAGGACGCCGACCAGUUUGUGGUGGAGGCCGCCCCCCAGCUCUCUGAGAUGUCAGAGCUUGAAAUGGUACAAGUGGUGGAAUUAGAAGAUGAGAAGCACGGAGGACUUGUCAAAAAAAUUUUGGAGACUAAGAAAGAUUAUGAGAAGUUGCAGCAGUCACCCAAACCUGGAGAGAAGGAGAAACUGCUCGUCUUUGAGUCGGCGUGGAAGGAGGAGGAGGACGUGGUCUCCAAGGAGAUAGAGAAGCUCCGUGUGUCCAUCCAGACCCUGUGCAGGAGCGCCCUUCCCCUGGGCAAGAUCAUGGACUACAUCCAGGAGGACGUGGACGCCAUGCAGAACGAGCUGCAGCUGUGGCACAGCGAGAACCGGCAGCAUGCUGAGGCCCUGCGGAAGGAGCAGAGCAUCACAGACUGUGCCCUGGAGCCCUUGGAGGCGGAGCUGGCGGAGCUGGAGCAGCUGGUCAGAGACCAGCAGGACAGGAUCUGCGCCGUGAAGGCCAAUAUUCUGAAGAAUGAAGAGAAAAUUCAGAAACUGGUACAUAGUAUCCAUUUGAGUUCCAGAAGGUGA